GUGCAGUUUUCAAUUUUGUUAAUUUCUUUGAGUCAAAAUUUUGUAUAUUUUACUCAUAGAAUAGGCAGUUUUGAUGUUACUCUCUUAGUUCUGUUGCAUAUGAACAGGCCACAGGAGGAUGAGAUUUUUAGGUCUCUUGGGCCGCGUAAGUUAUCGGAAUUUAACCAGAAUCUAGAGAAAGAUGGAAAACAAUCAAGUGUAACCAGGGAAGAAUGUAUACUCAACUCCAUCAAGCUCGCCAGCGGGCCACUGGGAAUACCCUUGGACCAAUGCCCUAAAUCUGCCAUUAGUACGUCAGACUACGACUACCUAUCGGUGGAAGAAGUAAAAGGCGGUAUUACAAACUCCCUAUACAAGGUCGAGAACACGAAAAACGGCACUGCUGUCCUGGUUCGGAUAUUUGGCCCUAAAACUUCUUAUAUCAUUGACAGAGAACGUGAACGUAUUAUUUGUACACUAUUAGCAAAGUAUAACAUAUCAAAGCGCGUAUAUGCUCCAAUCGAGAAUGGACAAAUUGAGGAGUGGAUAAACGGUUUUACUCUCCCUCAGGAAGACAUGUGGAAGUCGAUAUACAUGAAUGGUAUCGCUAUAAAUAUGAAAAGGCUCCACUCGAUUCCGCUGAAUGGAGAGAUUCGCAACUCUCUACAAAGGGGAGAUUGCAAAAAAUCUAUGCUAUGGCCAACAAUUUGGAACUACUUUGAUUUGUGCACAUCUCAGCAAGACAAGGUCGAAAGCAUACUCGGAAAGUUUGACUUUGAAAGCUUAAAGUUAAAGAUUAAGGAGAUUGAGAAGCUAUGCAAUGAUAGUGAAUCUCCAGUUGUUUUAUGCCAUUGUGAUUUGUUACACGGGAAUAUACUGGUUGUCCCAGAUGGAAAGGUCAGAUUCAUUGACUUUGAGUACUCCUGUCCCAUGGAACGGGCAUUUGAUAUCGCAAACCACUUUAAUGAAUAUGCCGGGUUCGCAUGUGACUGGUCAAAGUUACCGAGCAGUGAUAUAGAGCGAGCAUUUGCGAAAAGGUAUCUGAGCUAUAUUCCGUCUCUCGACAGAGCCAGAGGCCCUAACGAACCGAGGGAUCUUGAAGUGUCAUCAGAAAGCGUUGAUGAUUUGGUGAAGGAAAUACAACCAUUCUACUUGGCUUCUCAUGCUUAUUGGGGCAUAUGGAGCAUUGUCCGGAGUCUAUUUUCGGCGAUUGAUUUUGACUUUGCAAGUUACGCUCAGAGACGCAUAGAUAUGGUUUUCAAUAGUAAAGUUUGGAAUGUUUUAGAGCUUUGACCAUAAUGGUCGACAUUCUAGGCGUGAAUUUGUUAUGCAGUUGCUAUAGAUUCUCUUUUAUC